UGCUGCAGCCGCUUGUCAGUGUGACGAAGAUUGGCACUCAGGUUGGCCGCCUGUCCCUGCUCUCUAUAAUGCCCCAGUGUUUGCAGUAUCUGCAGUGAACGUGAUGGCAGCCCACUCGGUUUCCAUAGACAAGCAGCAGCAGAUGCAAGGCGUGGUGAAAGUAGACAGUGACCCGGAGCAGAAGUUUAUGGAGGGGACGUUAGCAGAGGCACCCAGCCCGACACCCACAGAGCCGCAGACGCCCAUGGAUGCCGACAAAGCCUCCAUAUAUCGACAUCCUCUGUUCCCUCUGCUGGCUCUGCUGUUUGAGAAGUGUGAACAGUCCACGCUGAGCUCCGACUGCAUCACCUCGGCGAGCUUCGACGUGGACAUCGAGAACUUUGUCCGCAGUCAGGAGAAGGAGGGAAAACCUUUCUUCAGCGAGGACCCCGAACUCGACAACUUGAUGGUGAAAGCCAUCCAGGUGCUGCGGAUCCACCUGCUGGAGCUGGAGAAGGUGAGCGACCUGUGUAAAGACUUCUGCAGCCGCUACAUCGCCUGCCUCAAGACCAAGAUGAACAGUGAGACCCUGCUGAGUGGAGACCCAGGAAGCCCCUACUCCCCCGUACAGGGACAGGCCCCCAGCUUCUCCCCCGCCAAGAGCCAGACCCCCAGCUCCAUCUCGGGGACCAUCAGUCCUCAGGGUCAGAUCGUGGUGCCGGCGUCGGCCCUGCAGCAGGGGAACGUUACCGUGACAACCGUCAACCCCACCCAGGUGGUAGCAGGUAUGUCGCCAUGGCAUACAACCUCCAGCUCAGGUGGAACAGUGUAUCAGCCUGUUACAGUGGUCACUCCUCAGGGUCAGGUGGUAACACAGGCCCUCUCUCCCGGGACAAUACGCGUGCAGAACAAUCAGCUCCAGCUUCAGUUUCACCAGGACUUAAACCUCUUCAAUCACGACGACAACUCAACCAAGAACAAACGUGGCGUCCUACCCAAACACGCCACCAACGUCAUGCGCUCGUGGCUCUUCCAGCACAUCGGGCAUCCAUAUCCAACAGAGGAUGAGAAGAAACAGAUCGCCACUCAGACAAACCUGACGCUCCUGCAGGUCAAUAACUGGUUCAUAAAUGCACGGAGGCGGAUCCUGCAGCCCAUGUUGGACGCCAGCUCCUCUGAGACAACCAAAACCAAAAAGAAGACCCCUCAGAACCGGCCUCUGCAGCGCUUCUGGCCCGACUCCAUCGCAGCAGGAGGAGGAACCCACCAGCAGGUCACCAUGCCAGACGGCACGAUGGUGACGAUGAACAUGGAGGGUCUGCAGAGCCUGACGUCAGACGGCGCCACGCUGGCAGUGCAGCAGGUGAUGAUGGGAGGCCACAGCGAGGACGAGUCGGGGGACAGCGUGGACGAGGACGACGACGCGGACAUGGCCGGGCUGGGCCUGGACAACAGCGACUCAUUGCAGUAGAGGACACACACUCCCUCACACAAUGAUCUACGCACACACACAGAGAAACACAACAUGCGUCAAAAAUGGUCUCCAGAGAAUACACACACACACACACACACACACACACACACACACAUUAGGUUUACAUAGAGCACAAAGCGACAGGACAACAGGGGAACGGUCCUGCACUCUUCCAACUCUCCCACCCUGCUGAACGAUCCAUGCUGCGUGUGUGAACAUCAGGAGUUUCAUUUCAGAAACCGUUUUUUAAUUAUUUAGUUGACGUAGGCGAGUGCACUUUUUUUGUAUAUUUAAGCUCAAAAAGAUUAAAUCAAAACAGAAGAAGAAGAAGAAGAAAGAAAGGAGAAAAAAAGAAGUGUUAAAAACACCCGAAGCAAGUUUAUAUGCUCCGUUAAUAAAUGUUGACUGAUUUUAUUUUAAUUUUUUUUGUUUUUCUCGGCCCUGUUCCCCCCCGUCCCCCCGUCCCCCCCCCCCCCGUCCCCCCGUCCCCCCCGCCCAUGUUGAAUUCUCUCAGUUUGGAUGCCAACACUUUAAAGUUGUAUCUGUAAGGGUUUGUCUUCACUUUUUGCAUGCUUGUGUUUUGAGUAGAUGUGCGCACUCUUACGACUGACUCCAUCAGAGGAGAGAUUUAAAAAAAAAGAAAAACAACAACAAAAAAAGACAGAAAAAAAAGGAGAGAUGCUUAUUUUUAUAUACAAACAUAUGAAAUUAGUGUUUUUUUGUUUCAUUUUUGUGUUCUCCUGUUUUGUAAGGAAUAUUUAUGUACAGAUUCAUAAUUAAAGCUAGCAACCCUGUUUUCCGGGGUUCUUUGAAGUUUUCUAAAAAACAAGAAAAAAAAAAGGAAUUGAAUAAUGCUGGUUGAAAAAAAUUGCUAUUUAAAAUUGGUUUUAAACUUACAAUACUAACAAGGCCUUACAUGUGUUAUUUUCUAAAGAUUAUUGCCAAUAAGCACAAAAAGAAAGUCUGACUGGUCCAAAAAAAAGACACUAAAGUGCAGAACAUUUGUGUGUUUUUUCUGCAAAAGCAUCGUUUAAAGAAUUUCACUUUUUACUGCAAACAUCCCAGUUUAACUUCAGAGGUUUGUGACUGCAGGAUUCUACAGAAGUGUGUUGCAUUCACUAAACAAAAGCUCUUGUUUUUCUGAAUUAACUAAAUGUUUUCUGAAUUUUUGGGAACAACCGUAAAGUCCUGAGGUGACAAACUAAUGACUUAAAGACAGGAGGAUCUCAGAGUGUCUCCAAAACCCCAAAAACUGAAUGAAACUAAACAAGCAGAAGGGUCAAUGACGUAUGAGGAUUUAUAACAACUCAAUGUUAGAAUAAUAAAAACCAGCAUAUCUAAUGCAGUAGUUCAAACAUUCAGUAUGUUGUGUACCUGAACAUCCAUAUUAUAAAU